AGCCUCAGGCGGAGGAAAAGGAUGUCUUGGCCUCGCGUGCAGCUGGUGGUCACCGCGGACGACUUUGGUUACUGCCCGCGGCGGGAUGAGGGCAUCGUAGAGGCUUUUCUCUCCGGGGCUGUGACCAGUGUGUCUCUACUGGUCAACGGCGCGGCGGCGGAGAGUGCUGCGGAGCUGUCUCGCAGGCAUCAAAUCCCCAUCGGACUCCACGCCAACCUGUCCGAGGGCCGCCCGGUGGGCCCGGCUCGCCGCGGUGCCUCCUCGCUGCUCGGGCCCGAAGGCUUCUUCCUUGGCAAGAUGGGAUUUCGGGAGGCCUUAGCGGCCGGAGAUGUGGCCUUGUCCCAGGUGCGGGAAGAGCUGGAGGCCCAGCUGUGCCGCUUCCAGGAAUUACUGGGCAGGAAACCCACUCAUGUGGACGGGCAUCAGCACGUUCACGUGCUCCCAGGCGUGUGUCAGGUGUUUGCAGAGGCACUGCAGGCCCACGGGGUGCUCUUCACUCGGCUGCCUCUGGAGCGCGGACUGGGCAGCUGUACUUGGCUCGAGGCGCCGGCGCGUGCCUUUGCCUGCGCGGUGGAGCGUGACGCCCGGGCAGCUGUGGGUCCCUUUUCCCGCAGAGGCCUAAGGUGGACCGAUAUCUUCGUGGGCCUGAGCACCUGCGGCCGGCAUAUGUCAGCUCAUCGAGUGUCAGGGGCCCUGGCUCGGGCCCUGGAAGGUACACCCACAGGCCACUGCCUGACCGCCGAGCUGAUGACCCACCCAGGCUACCCCAGUGUGCCGCCAGCUGGAGGAUGCGGUGAGGGCCCUGAUGCCUUUUCCUGCUCUUGGGAGCGGCUGCAUGAGCUGCGUAUCCUCACGGAACCCACACUGCAGACCCGGCUUGCCCAGGAUGGUGUGCAGGUCUGUGCCCUCCAUGACCUAGACUCCAAGAGACCCAGGGAAGGGGUCCCUGGCGAAGCCACUCUGGAAACCUUCCUGGAGUCCUCUCAGCUGUGAUGCUGACAGCCAAGAACUAACGCCCCAGCACUCAGGAAGGGGGCAAGAGCUGAGCUUUGGCACAGCCCAGAAUUAAGCCCUAGAGUGGGCCCUGGCUUCCCUGGGCAGAAUGAUGCCAUCUCUAUGCCCAGGUCCUCAUGACUUGUAGAGUGUAGCCACAGCUUCCGGAAGCGCUCUUGGCUGCAGGAGAUUGGGCCUGUGACAUCUUGGCCUGGGGCUUGCCAAGCAUUUUGGGCUCUUCACAUUUCCAUGUAAACAUUUUUUUUAGGUAUAGUGGUGAGAGAUUACUACUGCCCAGAAAACCUUCACAGACACACAAACUGACAAAAACAACUUCAGGGUGCAAACCUGGUCACUAUUCCAGAGAAGAUAUAUAAAAUAAAACAAACUCUA